ACAAAAAUCUCAAAUUGCCCCUAACUUAUCUCCGCCGCCGACCUACAAGAAACUCGGAGAAACCUAACCGGCGGAUUCAUAUCAGAAGAAACCUAACCAUGCGUCUUCACUCAGCAAUUACUCUCCGGAACUUCUUCACCAGAAAGCCUCUCCGAAUCCCUCAGAAUCUAAGCAUUAUAUCUUCUUCUCCGGUUACCAUAAACUCACUCGGCGAUGUCUCAGGUCCAUCACCGUCUCACUAUUCGAAAUCAAGUCUCUCAGAACCAUCAUCAUCAUAUACUAGCUCACGAAUUCUCCGUAUCCCAAACGCGUCAUUCUCCAAGUCUUUCCUCGAGAAUCAGAGGAGUUUCAGCACCGACUCUAGCAGCGGCGGCGGCGGCUCACCGCCAGAUGUGAACAAGGUAGUUGACGAGAUCAAUCUCAAGUUCGCUGAAGCUCGUGAGGAGAUCGAAAUGGCGAUGGAUUCGAAGGAGACGGUUUACUUCAACGAAGAAGCAGAGUGCGCGAGAGCCGCCGUGACUGAGGUUUUGGAGAUGUUUGAAGGUUUGCUCGGGAAAGUAACAGAGAAAGAGAAAGCUUCUCUACAGCGAUCCAUGGGACUCAAGAUCGAACAGCUCAAAGCUGAGCUUCAACAGCUUAACGAAUGAUCGAUUGAGGUCAGCUGAAAUUUUCAUCUUCUUCACCGGAUUGGUCACUGAGCCAUUGUUUAUCAUAUAUGUCUUCAAUAAAUUUUGGUCAGAUUCUUAAAACUGAUUGAACCUUGCAAUGCCAUAGCAAUGAAACAACUUCUUGUUAAAGUUUAUAUUAUUUCAGUGA